AUGGUCUCCCUACUAGAUUUAAUAUUCUACAUUGUGUUCUGUGCAGCGACUCCACCCAUCAUCUUCAUCGUGGCCAUUGUCACGAGCCAUGAACACCAAAACUGGAACGCCAACGAGAGCAGGAAAACGACCAAGUGGAACGUCUACGCUGGGAUUGUGUUGGCGAUAGGACGCAUUGUGUAUUUAGUCCUGCUGUUCUUUGCUAUGAUCUACAUUGGGAUGGUUUCCUAUAUUUUCCAUGACAACUGCUUCCUUGUCUUCCGUCAUUUCCAUCUCCAAGACACCAACCUUUCAAUUUUCAAGUCGACGCUCUUUGUUUUAAUGGUUGUGAAAGGGGGGUUCUCUUUGCGAGCUCAAAAGUACAGCGCACGUAACCCACUCCGUGCACUUGCUGCUGCUUGGAUAGUUGGAUACAUCUGGGUAUCUUUGGAAUGGUCUUGGAGCGGUUGGUUUGCAGAUUCUGCCUACCUAGAUGCGGAACAUCAUGCCAAUCUGAACAAUUUGCUUGCCAAAUGGGCCCCGCACAGCAAUUGA